GACGACAAGCAUUAAAAAAUAGUAAACAUUGUUUACAUGUUCUUGUUAUGUCAGCAACAAUGAAUGUCGAUUUAUUUUCACAAUAUUUUAAUCAAGCACCGAUUUUAUGUCUUCAAGGACGACAAUAUCCUAUCGAUGUUUUUCAUGUUCAAGAAUCUCAAACAGAUUAUAUUUAUGCUUCACUGAUUAUCGUAUUUCAGAUACAUCGUUUGAUACCACUCCAUGAAGUUAUACUCAUUUUUCUUACCGAUCAAGAUGAAAUCGACUCAACAUGUAAAACAAUAAAACCAAUUCUUGCCAAUAGUAGUUCACAUAAAAAUGGUACGGAACCAUUAUAA